AUGUCGCAUCCUACGACACCGACUGUCCAUCAUCAUCCAGGACUUGUCGACGACGCAGACCUGCAUGAAUCUGCGCGCAUCCAGGUCGACUAUCUUAGCCACAAAUGGCAAGAGGCCGACGUCUGGCACACGUGGAGGAACAUGACCCGUCAGAAGAACGACAUCGCUAACGGUGUUCGUCUUGAAAACGCAAGCUGGCGGACCUGGUGGCAGAAGCGUCUCAAGCUCAAGACGGUCAAUCCGCAAAAGCUCAACUGGCUAAAGGAUAGCGAUGUCACCUGGCUUUAUGGUCCUUUACACCAAGCCCCGACCCCGAUCCCGCCGCCCAAGAAUGCGACAUUCGAGGAAAAGCUCAGCAGCAUUCCUCCUCUGCCCAAAGGCCGGAAACCGAUCCUCAAGAAGAGGACGCUCGCAGAAGUCCUCGUCCUUGGGCUCGCAAAGACGAACAAUCUCACAAACGAGCCACCGCCUGCAGACGAACUCAAAGAGCUCGAUAUCGACAGCAGAGGUACCAAGGGUCCUGAAGAGCGAGAUAGGAUAAUGCUGUUGCACACCAAAUCCGACACCAAUUUGCUUAGGCCAGCCCUCCAGCAACCAAGUCUUCCUUCGGACAGCGAGACUGCGUCGCGACGUCGUCCAGGAAGAAUGGCGCUUGACCGUUCGUCCUUUUCCAUGUCGAACAAGGCCUCUCCCUCUCCCCCGCCCCACGAACACGAAGGCGCGACCAAAAAACGCGUCGGGUUCAACACUUUUGUCGCUCAGUGUAUCGCAAUCGCGCCUGGUGAACGAAACUCGUCCGACGAUGACUCCGGGGAUGAUGCGCUCAGCAUGAAGUCGGGAGGCUCAACCUCACACGGCUCCCACCAUGGCUCCCAUAGGCCGUCAAUGUCCCGCUCCAAUUCUCACUCAUCAGCUAGGUCCGAACCGUUGAUCAUCGCUCCUAUGGCGCCCACGCUUCUCAAAGAGACGAUCGGAGACGAGUCUUGCAUGAGCCCGCUCAUCUACCAGCCUACAAAGACCCCAUUUGACGACUCGGAGAGCAGCGAUGAUUCCGACUUUGAUACUCCGCCAGUGCCUCCACCGAAGAUUGUCACCCUCCCCGCUUCUACGCCAGAUGUUGCAACCACAGCCACUGCUCAGGGAGACCUCGGGGGUGACGAGUACAACGUCUCUAGCAAGAAGCGUAAGCUCUCUGCUGGUGAGACCCCACCUGCUCGUCGCCAGUUCAAAGAGUCACAAGAGGCCCCAGCAACUGUCUCAACAAACAUGCCCACAGAAUCGACAAAAGACAGUCUACUUGCUGUCGCGUCCACCGAGGAGGACACACGAGGUCGCACGCUCCAUCGCACCUCGUCAUCGUCCUCGCUCAAUGAGCGAUCACGCAGUCGUAAUGGGAACAGCCCACUAGGUGGACACUCGCCAGAAAGUUCGCGUGCGUCGAGUAACAGCACCCGGGUUUCCUCUGCAGAAGUCAGUCUCACCGUGCACUCUGGACGCGCUGUAACUAUGACGGAUCCGAGACCAGCAGCGAUUCCAGAAGAGACAACCACUACUAUACAGGACGUGGACACACCCAUGACGGAUGGACAAAAGCCGGCGCCAAAGGCGGAGCUGCAGGCCAAGUCGUCACCCAAGUUGGAACCGUCUGGGUUUGUGGACAAAGCGGUAGCCAAUGCCAAAGGACUGAUAGGGUCUCUACUACCUUCAGGAUCGGGUGCAAGCAAGCGAGGGACGCUUUGA